AUGGGAGUUUUCACAUUCGUCCUCAACAAAACUGGCGCUGAAUGGAGCGCAAAGCAACACUCUGGUGACAUUGAGGCCUCCGCCGCCUCUACAUUUGAGAUCCAACGGAAGCUUGUUCAGGCUGCUCUCGCAGUCGAUUCAACCGGCGGUGUUCAGUCAUCUUAUUCUCCAGUCUCUCCCUCAUCUGCAGUCUUCCAGGUGAUAGUUGGCGGUGCUGUAUUUGUUGGAGGUGGUGCUGCUGCAGCUGCUCCUGCAGGAGGUGCUGCCCCAGCUGCCGAUGCCGCCCCUGCUGCCUCAAAGAAAGAAGAGAAGGUUGAGGAAGAGGAGGAAGAUGACGAUAUGGGAUUCUCACUCUUCGAUUAG